CUGAGCUGAAUGAGAUUGAAGAAGAGUUCUUCUUGUUUUGUAGCUUCAGUUUCUCUGUUUUUACUCGUUUUUUUUACUCUAACAGCAGAACAAAGUGCAGUUCUGCGGGCAGGAGGCGGCCGGACUCCCGCUCAGCUGUGGCUCCACCGUGGAUCGGCUGCUGGGAGGAAAUAUUUAAUUAAUCUGGAGGAGGACUGCUGCUGAGGCAGCACAGAGGGGUGGAGUCCAGUCCCACAGCCAGGUGCGGCACUUUAAUGCUUCAGUUGGAUGGUUUUCCUACUGGAGAAGGUGUUCAGGCUGAUCGAUCGGUUGGCAGACUGACUGGAUCCAUGAUGGAACUACAGACGCUACAGGAGGCUCUGAAGGUGGAGAUCCAGAUCCAUCAGAAACUUGUGGCUCAGAUGAAGCAGGACCCGCAGAACGCAGAUCUGAAGAAGCAGCUCCACGAACUCCAGGCAAAGAUCACAGCGCUCAGCGAGAAGCAGAAAAAGGUGGUGGAGCAGCUGAGGAAAGAGCUGCUGGUGAAGCAGGAACCAGAGGCCAAACUGCAGCUGCAGGUUCAAGCUGCUCCAGUAGGGGGCGACCUGAAGCCGACCAACCUGCUGCAGAGCCAGCAGAUACCUGGAGGACUGCAGCAGACGCUGACGGUCACGCCGGUCCUCACCGCCAAGACCCUGGUGCUUAAAGCCGCCGCCACGCCCACCCUGCCCGGCGCCAUUUUGUCGCAGCGCCCGCCCACCGUCGCUAUGGUAACCACAGCCAUCACCAAGCCCGACUCGCAGAGCGUCCCCAUCAACCUGCAGGUGGCCAGCCGGCUGACCAAUCAGAGCUCGGAGCCUGUGCGGCUGGUGUCCAAGAACGCAAUGGUGCUGCAGGCCACCACCACCUCCUCCUCCGCCCAGCCAAUCAGAGUUCCUCAGUUUGUCCCUCCUCCUAGACUGACGCCUCGGCCCACCUUUCAGCCACAGGUCAGGCCGAGGCUGGCCACGCCCACCAACGUCCCCAUCGCCCCGGCCCCUCCCCCACCCAUGAUGGCGGCCCCACAGCUGCUCCAGAGGCCCGUCAUGCUAACCACCAAGCUGGCGACCUCGCUGCCCUCGGCCGCACCCAUCCACCAGGUCCGCAUCGUCAACGGGCAGCCGUGUGGCAAGACGGGCGCCGCCCCGCUGACCGGCAUCGUCAUCACCACGCCCGUCACUGCCACGCCCACACGGCUUGCAAGCCCCUCCCAGGCGCUGACUAACCCCGCCCCUCUCGCUGUUCCCCCGCCUCCAGCCCCGCCCAUCCAGAUCAGCAGCCUGAUCUCUGAACCUAAGCUCUUCAUCUCUCCAAACCUUAACCUGCUGUCGUCACCUUCCUCCUCCUCCUCAUCCUCCUCUCAUCAGACUGUUAAACUGGAAGCAGCAGAACAGAAAGCCACGGUCAGCUUGCCGUCCUCCUCCACCCCACCGCUCUCUCCACCCCCUCGAUCCAAAAAGGAGGAGAACCCCGAGAAACUGGCCUUCAUGGUGUCUCUGGGCCUCGUCACACACGACCACCUGGAAGAGAUCCAGAGCAAACGGCAGGAGAGGAAGAGGAGAACGACGGCCAAUCCAGUGUACAGCGGAGCCGUGUUCGAGCCUGAGAGGAAAAAGAGUGCAGUGAGUUACCUGAACAGCCCUCUGCACCAGGGAACCAGGAAGAGAGCCAACGAAGACUCCCUUUCCAAGGUAUGUCAUACAGACGCUCUGUUUUUUUUGUCUUCUCCCCCCUCUCCAUCUUUUUUUUUGUUUUUUUUGUUUUGUUUUGUUUUUCCGUCUUUGUCGUCUGUCUCAUUCCACCCAGGUCGCCCACCCAAAUUCAGCAGCGUCCCGGAGCUGGGCAGACUCACCCCGACCUCCCCCUCCAGCCCCGUCCGUCCCCUCCCCCUGCCCAGCCCCGGCUCUGGGGACGGAGACAUCCACGAGGAUUUCUGCACUGUGUGCAGACGCAGUGGCCAGUUGCUCAUGUGCGACACGUGUUCUCGUGUUUAUCAUCUGGACUGCCUGGAUCCACCCCUGAAAACCAUUCCUAAAGGCAUGUGGAUCUGUCCAAAAUGCCAAGACCAGAUCCUGAAAAAAGAAGAAGCCAUUCCCUGGCCCGGCACCCUGGCUAUCGUUCAUUCCUACAUUGCAUACAAAGAAGCUAAAGAAGAGGAGAAGCAGAAGCUGAUGAAGUGGAGCUCGGAGCUGAAACUGGAGCGCGAGCAGCUGGAACAGAGAGUCAAGCAGCUCAGUAACUCCAUAACGAAGUGCAUGGAGACCAAAAACACCAUCCUGGCUCGUCAGAAGGAGAUGCAGCUUUCCCUGGACAAAGUCAAGCAUCUCAUUCGCCUCAUCCAAGCCUUCAACUUCAACCAGGCCCUGGCGGAGACGGAGGGAAAGGACGUCCAAGUGCAGGACGUCGCUCGGAUCGUUGUCGGCUCCGGAGCUGCAGCUGAAGUUGGCGCGGUGGGGAAGCCGGUGGUGAGCAGCUCUCUGGUCAGCAGCAAACAGGAGGAGCAGCAGACAGAAGGAGCAGCAGCAGCAGCAGCAGGAGGAGGAGGAGGAGGAGGAGGCGGCAACAGCAGCACAGUGCUGACUAACUGCCCUGCUGCUGGGGCAGGGGUUGCGCCGGGGUUAGGGGGUCACACAGAGACCACUCCUUGUGUCGAGGUUCAGCCCAAGCCUGAGACUGAGGCAGCUCCUGCAGCUCCUGCAAAUGUUGCCACCACUAACGGUACGACAGAGCCGCCCCCAUGCCCCGCCCACAGCCCCGCUGCCGCCGCCGCUGAGAACAAGAUAUCUGCCGUGAACCCUGCAGAGACGGCGGUGGAGAAGAAGCAGGAGGAGCUCGGCGACGGCAGCAACAACAGCAAAACCUCAGAACCCUCCCAGCAUUCUUUGCCAGCUCUGCUUAGCAGUUUGGACGAUAAAAAGUAACGCUGCGUCCCUGUGGCUGCAGGAAGUCAAACAUAUAUAUUAAAAAAAAAGACCUUUGCUUGCACCGCACGGUGCCCUGAAGUUGCCAAUCUGUAUAAAUGUUGUUUGUUUGCAUUGUAUUGUCAGACUGUGUCAAUGGUAGAUGUACAGCCCAAGUCACAUGACUCUGGGAAGACCCGGGUCAUCAUGCCAAUUAGUGAUAGACGUCAUGGAGGGAACACUCAAAGGAAGAUUUUCUUCAUCAUCACACCGGUGUGUGCCUGUUACAGUGGCCCCUGUGUUCUGUUGACGGCUCCAAGGAGAACCCAGAACAUGGAACCAAACAUCUGUCGGGGGGAGCUGGUCCAAGAAGCAGUGUUGUAAACGUUUGUGUACUGAAAAGAGAACCUGUUCGCGUCCUCGUCCCGUUGACCCUGACGGGAAUGGCGCUCCACAGUCCGAGUUCUCGAUUAAUUUCCUCACCUGAAACCAAACCAGAACCCAAUCAGGACCGAUCUGUUCCAACCCAAAGGUUUCAAUUUGAUUCAAGCUGUCAUCACAAAACAAAAUUGAUGAGGCAAAUGUGACCAUGAAGUGUGUUUUCAAAAGUUGAUGUUUGUCACCCAUUACUUCCCCAGUCUGCUCUCAUCAGGCUCCGCCCACUUUUGGUCAGACUCAGUCCAUUUUCUGGUUAGACUGCCCAUAUCCUGCAUCAGCUCAGCCUAAAUUUGAUUGGAUGAAAAGUUAUGACACACCCUUUAGUUCAGGAGGAGUUGCAAACAUUUAACUUUUUUUUUUUUGUUUUGUAUGAAAAGAAACAAAAUGAGUCAACCACACGAGGCCACUACAGCCUUUUGUAGAUCUGUAGAAAAGUGUUGCGACGAAUCAUAAAUUUAAAAACCGAAGUCAAACACCUUAUUGGAUUAUUUGACUCAAGGGUGUCCAAAGUGUGGCCAGGGUGCCGUUUGUGCCCCUUGACUUCAAGUCAAGAAUGCUAAAAAAUUUGGCUAACAAAAUGGAAAACAAUUGAUGAGCCAAAAGAAUUGCCAUGUGUCAGUUCUUCUUUUAAUAAGAAACUAUUUUAUGUUUUGGAUUUUUAAUAUUAUAUGGAUUCAAUUAAAAUGUUAUUUAUUUUUAGUAGGUAAAACAAAAUUGCAAUUAUCAAAUUUUUGUAUUUUAAAUGUCUUUAAUUUUGUGGCCUGCUCGUAGUUUAAAUUUGCUAGUUUUGAUCCCCAGGACAUUAUGGAAAAGCUCUCCUCUGUCUGGUGCAGGAAGUCCAAACCAUAUAUUUCCAAACUUUUAUCUUCAGUAUAAGUUUUGACUUGAGCUACGUUUGUUGAGUUGCUUCGUCUAUAUAGGGGAUUUCACCUUGUCACACAGUUCAGGGAACGUUUCAGGGUCCCAAAGUUCCCACCAAUCAGUGAAGGAAGGUCUAAUGUAGAUCCAGAACUGGGUUUCCUUUGAAAGUGAACUCGCACUGAGUUACAAAGUUCCUUUGAGUCAUACUGAAGCCUUUGAGACUUUAAAUUAAUCCAAAAAGAGUCCAACUCCGUCUGUUGACCCUGUCGCCCACCGUCAUCACCUUCCUUGCAGUCCUAGGUUUUGUACCAGGGUCUCCCAGUGAAGGCUGGGUGCAGCCCUCUGGUAGACUGAAGAUGUUCCCUGAUGGACACCGGGUUGAACCCCGAUUUGGUCCCGGGAUGAGGACGAACAGGAGCGGUAGCCUAACAGAUGUUCUCAGUGGUGUCGGUCAGUGUAGUGAUUGAGUUUUCAUUCGUGAGUCGUGUGUGUGAGUGCGUGUGUGUGUCAACUGUGAGCACUAAAUGUGAAUUUGCAAUAUUGCAACGUCAACACACACAAACUCUAUCUGGGCUGUUUGUUUUUUAUAGGAAAAGAUAUUCAGGUCUUCCUAGUCUCCAGAAUAAGUGCUUUCUGUUCCUGAACCUGCUGGACUGGCAUCAUCAUCAUCAUCAUUGCCGUCGUCAUCAUCGCCGCUGCCGCCGCUGGGCGGCGGUGAUCAUUUGAAUCCUGAACUGCCAAAAUCCUAAUGUUGUUUCCAAAUUCAGCAGGGACUCGUCCUCUUACUGUCCUCAAAGAUCAAAUCAUCAGAAAGAUUAAGAUGCAAAGUCCCAGCCGAGACAGGAGAGCGUUGGGAACAAUAACCACAGCAGGACGUGUUCCCGUCUGGAAAAACGGAGGGAUCUGUUGGAGGUCAAAGGACGACAACACAAUUCCUGAGAUUAAAGCACAAGCUUGCUGCAUUACAAAGAAGUGCUGAAGAGCUUUUUGUACGUUCCCGUGGAGUUAAACAGAGUAUGCAUCUCUUCAUUGUCGUGUGACUUCCCCUUACAUUGCCAAUAUUUCCCCUCGGUGCGACUCUGAGGCUGGAGUCCGAUUAGGAGUUUGUCCCACUGAGUCUGGCUUGGAGCCGGAACAUGAAGCCGAUGGUUAUCGGAGCAACUGAUCGGAACAUUGACGAGGUGAAUAGAGAUUAAAGUUGCCUCCAUUUAUGCUGGAGACUUUAGUUUUACUUGGGGUUCCUUUGGUUCUUCGACAUGCUCACUCCUUCCUGAAUGUGAGGAAAUGUUUCAGAUUUUUUAAGGAGAAUUCCCUCUAAAGAUUCUUCUUGUUACACAAAAUCAGUCCAGAAAUGUAUAUCGCCAACUCAAGUCUUCAAGAGCUAUCGUCCUGCUGUAACUUUUAGAUCCAUCCCUGCUCCAACACACCUGAAUUACCUCCUUGUCAUAAAGUACUGCUAUGUUACUUUUUACCUUGAGAUAACGAGGCAUUUGUUUGAUUCUUGUAUCUUGGAGCAGGGAUGCAUCUAAAGUCUAACUUGAGGACUGGAGGUAUGCCUUGUUUCUACUGAGUGGUGCUGCUCGGGUCUCUGUUUGAACAGACCUGUACCACAACCUUCCUGGGCUCCCUUCAGUUGUACAUCUAUGGGACAAUAGUUACAGUUAGAGCAGAGAUACCUGUGUCACAUCACAGUCCAUUUGGAGGAUAUGAGAUAAACAUAUGCAAGUCAUGUUUGUUGUUGCCUUGCAAUAUUGUGUUGAGGUUUAACCCUGCCAGCCCAGUGAGUCCAACUAGCAAUGGAAACACUCCUUGAGAAUGUAGGACUGUACAGUCGAGUAUCAUAUACACCUGUUAUGUACCUCUCAGUCGAAAUUAGGCAAAAAAAGAUGCUUCUCUGCUCCAACAAGAAGAAUCCCUGUUGGUUACUUCCAACAGGAAUGGAAGGGCUUGUCCACUAAAUACAACCUAAUUCCUUAGCUAAGGAAUUGUUAUAAGUGACAAUUCCUGAGCUUGUCACUUAAGACAAGCCAAGGAAUUACCUAUUUACCUUGUCAUUAAGAACUGCAGAGGUCUGGUAAUGAGUCAUUUGUUUGAUUCUGGUGUCUUGGAGCAGGAAUGCAUCAAAAUUAGUACUUGAUGAAUAGACAUAUGCCUCUUUACCACUGAGCGGUAUGUACUAUUUUUGUAAUAUUUCUGUAGUAAAAGCAGCCCAUACAACGACCCACACCUCACCAUCCCUAGGUGUUCUUCAGUUGUACGUCUGUGGGUCAGUUAGACUGGCGCUAUUGGUGUUUCACAACACAGUCAGUCCAUUGUUGGGGGACACAAGAAAUUCUAGUAAAUCACGUUUGUCGUUGCACUUGUAUGAGGCAGCAUUAGACGUUUGGGUUUGGCCCCACCUAUCCGGUGAAAGUCCAACUUGUGGAGGGAACACUUGAAUAUACCGGAUCAUGCCUCUGUGCAAACAAAGCAAAAGAGGCAUCUCUGCUUCAACACACCUGAAUAACUUUCUUAGCUUGUCGUGAAGUACUGCAGAGGCCGAGUAACGAGCCAUUUGUUUGAUUCUGGUGUCUUGGAGAAGUGUUGCAUCUGAAGUUGAAGUUGCGGACUGGAGCUAUGCCUCAUUUCAGCAGAGCUGUGCAGUUUGGUAUGCUUCUUGUCUGUUUCCAAUGAAGAAGCGGCCCAUAGAAUCAGUCCGUACUGCACCAUUCCUGAACUCCCUUCAGUUGUAGGUAUAUGGGACAAUGGCACUGUUAUGGUGGAGCCACUGGUGUCAUACAGCCCAUUGAUUGGGGGACAGAAAAACAUCAUUGCUCGAGACAUACUAGCUCUCAGCUUUGGGCAUUUGGGUUUAACUUCCUCUGCCCAGUGAGAGUCCAGCUGGUAUUGAAAACACUCUCCAUCAUGGAUAAACCAGACAACAAAAUAGCGUAUUGGACUGUACUGAUCAACAGGGUACCGUUCAAUGAAAGCGAAGCUGGAGAGUCCCCAAGCUCAACAGACAAAUAUUCCAACAUUUCUUGGAUUGCUGCUCUCCUAGAAAGACCCAUUUCCUCUCAUGAUGGUGGGGGUGAGCUCCUGAUUGGGUGGUGAUCUGUUGUGGGCGUCUUAGUUUUUAUUUAAAUUCAUAUCAUGCAGACUCUUGUGAGUGAAUCAGCAUAUCCCAAUGGCACCUGGUUUUCUCCCAUCAGCUGCACAGACUUCCUUCAUUCCAAACACCCCAGAGAAAUAUGUGUGUGUCUGUUGGGUGUGUCCUGUAGAGUUCAGAUGAUCUGACGGGGGAUGAGCCAGACAGGAAACCCAAGUAUCCCCGCUUCCUUUUGGGUCCCACUUGUCAUGUUUAAAUCGUGGUUCUCAUUUCGGCCCGUAGAUCCGAUAGGUCAUCAGGUCUCUAGAUCCUUCCCUCUGUACAGUAGGUACCUUUGAGUGCCUUUCUUCAAACAGCAGAUAAUAUUUGUCUCUUGACUUGCACUGUGACUCGUAAAACUUAACAAACCCUCCGGGAUCGCUCCCCUCCUGACACCGAGCCCUGUCCGCCCCAGAGGAAGCUGCGCCCUACUCCGCAGGCUGCCAGGAGUCGAUGCAAGCUCGCCACUUCACACCAACCCGUUUGAUUUGACCACAUAGUGUUUUGUUGUUCAUCCCUAGAAGUUGCCUUAAAUGUAUUUUAUUUUCUGGUGAAAUGUUCAGAUUUUGGGUCAGAGGGGGUGGGGUUUGUGCAGAGGCAGUCUGAGAUCUCACUUUGAUCUGUUUGUCAUGCACUUUUAGUUUGAUCAGUAUUAUCAGAGCAGAGAUGGGUUAUGUUUUAUUUGAAAAAGCCCCCCCCCCCCCCCCCACCCUCUCUUUCUUCUUGUCUCUUAUUUUGAAGGAGGGAUGAGUUUGCAGGAUCAGGUCACAUAACCUGGAACGCAUUGAACAAACCUGGGCCCAGCCAGCAUCACCUGUGCUCGCUGUGGUGCAGCACAUGCCUUCUUAUGCAAGUUUUUAUACCAACCUUUUUUAUUAUGCAUUGCUUCGGUUUUUUUAUGUUUUUAUGUGAAACUUAAGUCACCUUUUUUCUGUUUUUCUCUGAACAUUCUGGCAUCUCAAUGCCAAACGUGUGCAUGUGUUUACACAUUCAGGUAGCCAUUCAGGGUGGGUUUUCCUGACAGUGCCGAGAGGUUUGCUUUUAUCAGGGGGAGGGUAUUCUGUUGCAGUACUGCGAGUGACCACCGGGGGGCGGACUGGAGCGAGCGUUAGGAGCCAUCUCGGCUCUCCUUUUAGCUUAGCUUUUGUUUAACUCUGUCGUUGCUGCGUGGAAACGGGGCAUUGAGAUCUAAAAUGCUCCUUAAUUGAAGUCUGGAAGCAAAUAUAUCCAAAGAACUCUGCAUAUCAUCGGGGUGUGAGUUUUCUGCGUCGUCCAUCGACGGUUUGUGGGACACACUCGGGGGCUUCCGCGUGGGUCCUGGGGAGGAGGUUUGCUUUCCAUCUUUCGGUUUUAAAGCGAUCAAGUCAUGAUUGUGGCCUUCUAGUAUUCUGUGGGUUCAUGACGUCAUUCACCUGUUGUUCCCGCUCAGCAUCCAUCUGUCCACCCAUUUAUUCUGUCUGGAUCCUCUACACCUGCAGCUUCUUACCUCAUCCACAGCUGAGUCCAUCGGGGGUGUGUUGAGUGCAAAAAAUCAGAAAAAUACUACAAAAAAAAUAAAAAAUGAAAAGAAGUCUUUUUCUAUCUUCCAUUUGGUGAGAUGCAUUGUAGCGAUCAGAAUAAAGAAUAAAGUUCACCUGGUGUGCUGAAUAAUGUGUAAAUUGGUUAUUACACAAUCUGAAUAUUUGUAUAAUUGUUUGUAUUUUUUCAUAAUGAUUUUAGAAAGGAAUGUGUUUAUUUUUUUGACUUCUGUUCCAGAUGUGUCUUCUGUUGGCCUGACAUUGUGACUGGUCUGGUGGGAUUCUUACCUCUGUAUUGAGCCUCUUCUGUGAUGAAUUCUUUGUAUGCAGUGUUUAGGAAAUACUGUAGGGAACAUGGGGAGGAGUUGAUAUUAGGAGCAUUUGAUCAAUUUGUAUUUAUUUAUUUUAUCAUUUUGUUAAAAUAAAUUGUGAAAAACAAGGAU